UUUCAAACGUCUCAUUCACUCAGAAGAUCUACGGUAGAGAUGGAUGUCUCAAUCAUUAUUCUCGUGUUCGCUAUUAUUACACCAUUGAAGGUGUUAGGAACUUGUCCAAACGGCUGGCUGGAAUAUGGAACUUAUUGCUAUGAGUUCAAUACUCCCAACACAGAAGAGAGGAAGACUUGGACAGAAGCCCGUGACAACUGUGGGCAAAAGAAUUCUGAUUUAGUCAGUAUUUUGAGCCAAGAUGAGCAGACAUUCGUAUUUGCAAACAUACCAGGUACGCAUAAUGGAGGCGGUUUUUGGAUUGGGCUUGAGACAAUAGGCCUGGAUCAAACUUGGAAGGAUGGUUCAACUUCAUCAUACAUUAACUGGGCCGACGAUGAGCCUAACGAUGAUGAUGACUCGCAAGACUGCGUAGAAAUGCUAUACGACACUGGCACUUGGAAUGAUUUGGUAUGCAGCUGGAAAAGGAAUUGGAUCUGUAAAGGAUUAAUACCGGGUUCAUGCGCCAGUGAUGCCGACUGUUCAAGAGAACCCUUCAAGAAAACGUGCCGCGUCCAACUUAAUAGCGCUGGAAUUAGAGUGUGUGGUGAUCCUCAUAUAAGACAGACCAUAAAGAACUCAGAAAGACCACUCUGUUAUGAUUUCGCAGGGAAACCUGGCAAGACGUACCUUUUUUUAAAAGAUAAUGAUUUCGAGAUAACUGCUCGGUUCAUGGACAGUAACGUCACAAACGCUGACAGCAAAUUAGUUGAAUACAUCAGUUUAGUAAACAUAAAGAAAGGACCAGUUUUUAUGACAUUUGAUCUCGACACCAUUACGAUUGCUGUGGAGGGAAAGCCAAUAGAGAAGAUAAGAUGGGCAAUGGGAAAGAUAGCGUUACCUGGUAUGUGGAUGACAACCGACAAAAAGAGGGCGAAUGUGUUUCUGGAUGAUGGGAAUACUACAGUUAAUAUCAUAAGAAAGGGCGCAUCGCCAGGCCAUACUUUUCUGAACUUUGGAUUGUUGGAGAAUGUCAUGUCCACGGAGGCAAAUGGAAUUUUAGGUGACUUGCGUAAUAAAUUAGUUUAUACCCCGAGUGCAUAUGGAAAAAGUGGCACUAUUCGUUGGGCAGGUGUCUCCUUCCCCGUGCACGAUGAUGGAACGACCUGUCUUAAAAUGGAUCCUUUCUAUGAACUGAAAUUCAACACCCCGCUGCAGAUCUUCCAAGUUGACUAA